AUACAUAUUUUUGUAUCGGGAUUCAUUCAACUUGGAGCUAGCUACAAAGUAAAGAUAUCGCCUUUCAUAGUAGUUAAUAUUGGUACGUUAUAUCAUGGAGGAUGAUGAUGAUUUUCAGAUUGAUGAGGAGCUAGACGAUGAUCUUAAGGACUUUAGUAGUGAUGAGGAUAAAGAUUAUGAUGCGGAGAGAGAGGAGGAUAAGGGUGAACCUGAAGAUCGGGCACAUGAUGAGUUGCUUGAACGGAUGGAUCUAUUUGAGUCAAUGGCGGAUGUAGCUCCCCCCAUUCUGGAGAAUGACAAUGCACCAACUACAAUUACACAAGGUCAAGCUCAACGAGGUAACACAAGUGGAAAGCUGAAAAUCGUUCAAAAGAAAAGAAAAGGUAGGGGCCCAACAAAAUCACUAAUAGUUACAUGCCCCAUGCACCUCGAGUACGAUGCUAACGGUCAACCUUGUGGUACGUGGCGAUUCAAGUAUGGGACUCAUGUUGGACUAUGUUUACGCAUGAUUUCCAUUUUGGAGACAUGGAGUAAGGUGUCGGAGGGUGUAAAGGACUUGAUGUGGAGCGAUACUAUGAAUCUUUUCAAUAUUGAAAAUGAUCCGUUCAAGAAAAAAUUAUUUCUACAAGCUGUGGGCAUAAGAUUCAGGGAUUUCAAGGCCAAGUUAGUGAGUGGUUGGAUCACUAAAAGGAGACAGAGAGUUGGAAGAAACAACAAGAAGAUGAAGAUGGAAGCUAUUAAGGAAAAUGGACGAGCAGGGGAAAAUGGAGAAGAAGAGGAAAAUGAAGGCGAGAAGGAGCAAGAAAGUGAAGAAUUGCCUUUUCAAAUAUACCAUCACAUCACAGCAACAGAGUGGGAAGCAUUUGUUGCUAAAAAGACUACUAAGGAAGCAGUUGAAAAGAGUGAAAUUGGAUCUUCAAAUGCAAAGAAGAAGAUGUACCAGCAUCAUAUGGGCCCAAAGACUUUUGGGGAGUCAAGAAAGGAAUGGAUUACUUCUGGUUUUUACCCGGGCAGUAAGACGUCUACAACUGAGGCAUCCACCACUACAACUGAGCCACCGACAAUAUGUUUAGAUAUUAACCGUUCCAAUGAUUUCUGGUGUGCGAUGCAUGGGCGAGAUGUUAACGGAAGAAGAACCAUUUCAGAUCCUGGAACACAAAGGAUAGCUGAUGCAAUUGUAACUUUUAUAAGAAAAGAGGCGACCGGCGAGUUCAUUCCUGAACGGAACAAGGAUGUUUUGUACGCGGUUUUAGGACCGGAUCGUCCUAGACACAUGGUUGGACUUGGAGGCAUAGGUCUGGGUGUGAGAAAGGUAUUUGGGAAAGAGCUCUCGACACGCUCGGUAUCAAGUGUAAAUGGACCACUAAAUUUAGAGGCCAUGAGAUCAUCAAUAAAAGAGGAGCUUAGGGAAGAGAUCAAAGAGAGUUUUAAUGUCAUCUUGAGACAAAUGGGAAUGCCCGAGUUGCCCAAGGAUGUCCUUCCUCCCGUAGAUACAUCUACCCACACUACCAUUGAAACACAUACCCUACUAAAACCUACUACGCCUGACGUUCGUUAUAUGCUAGAGGAAGAGGUCCCUUGCCAACUUUGGAUGGAUUUCAAGGAAUCUGGGAUGGCUGCGGUAGCCAAUGGAUAUGCACAACCAUAUUCCGACACAUGUGAGUAUGGAGAAUUUGAGGUAGUUAUUGACAACUACUUAGAUAUCUACGCAGACUACCCACUUCCAAAACCUGUGCCGGAACAUAAUUUCCGUGUGUUAGCCGAUGUCUGUGGUAGUCUUAUGGGUUGGCCGCAGAGUUGGGUGAGGUUUUCAGAUGAGGAUUUGGGGAAAUUGAAAAGAGAUGAUAAGAGGGAACCACAUGCCAAAGGAAACAAAGCCAAAGAGAAAGAGGUGGAACAGAAAGUUGAAGAGAAAAAGGUGGAUCAGAAAGUCAAAGAGAAAGAGGUAACGAAGAAGGUGACACGAGAGAAGAAUGUGAAAGCACAGCCCAAAAUGCCUAGUGUGGUUCUAUUUUUGCGUGCGGAGGUGGUUGAAUGUCUCCCCUACGGAUGCAACUGGUUGCAUACAUGUGUUAGUUAUGUGCCCAAUGACGAGCCUAUACCGGUUCUUUUGGAAAAGUCUCAGUUCAACUACAUGGAGGAUAUUAACACAUGGAUGUACAAAGAUGAUAUUAAAGAAUUCCUCUCCAACGAGAAGUUGAAUGUAUCCAUGAUACAAGUCUUCAUGAGGAUACUUUACGAAAAUUUGAGUGCAGACAAAAAGUCAAGGAUUGGGUGGUUAUGUCCAAGUGAGAUUCGCGAUAACAAUUGCAUGAAAAAUCAAGAGGAAGUGAAGUUUUAUAUUGAAGAUGCUAUCAAAAAAGAAAAAAGGAAGAGACUCCAAGUUCGUAGUUGCUCCGAUUAUUCAAGGAUUACAUUGGACACUUCUUUUGAUAUUUCCUUCUAAUUACACCAUAUACAACUUUGAUUCUCUUCAGCAACAACCACCAAGACACUUAGUAUUCAAGGGGUUAUUAAAUAGUGUUCUGAAGAAAUCAAAUGGAAAUAGAUCAAGACCCCCUCUAUGGAAAUCAGUGAAGUGUGCACAACGAACGGGCAAUACGGAGUGCGGCUACUACGUGAUGAAGUACAUGUACGAUAUAGUCACAAGUUGUACGGAUGUCAAGGAUCUCGAAGAGGUAUACAAUAAUCGGAGGGAGCGGCCUUUCACCUUUGAGGAGAUAGAUGAAGUUCGAGAAAUGUUGGCAAACUUCAUUACCAGUGAUUGUCUUUGAUAUUUUCUUGUACUGAAUCUUAAAUUAUGGAUGCUAGCUAGUUUUUCAUAUAAUUUUAAUGUAAUCGACUUUUAUAUUUACAA